CCAAGUAAGAAUGAUUGGAGAACGUGGAUCUGGAGCAGGUAAAGGAGGUGGUGGUGGUGGCUCUAUUCGUGAAGCUGGAGGAUCUUUUGGUAAAAUGGAAGCUGCUCAUGAAGAUCAGUAUUUUUAUAAUCUGCAAAAAGAACAGUUUAAAAAACUUAAAGAAGAUCUUCAUGAUGAAAUUUCUUUCCAUGAAGAACAAAUUAAACGUCAUCAAGAAGCUAUAAACCGCCAUAAAAAAAGAAUCACAGAAAUGGAUAAGAAAUAAAAUUAUCCAACACUAUGUAUUUACUUUUCAAGC